CUAUGUUUUACUGCAAACGUUAGAUAAUUGUUCUGGAUGUUGGAAAUGGAUUAUGUAGGUUUGCUUUUUUUUCUGGAAAUCAUUUGGAAUUUUUGUGUUUUGAAUUUAAAGGUUCGAAGCUUGUGAUUUAAACUUAAAGACUCCCGCAAGACGUAAAAUUUUUGCAUUUCGGAUGCUGGGUUUAGUAGCGUAGUCAUCAGAUCCACAAGUCCAAUGAACUUUUUGACAAAUACGAGCUUAUGGUCUCUUUUUGUGGAAUGGGUCAUUUCCUUCUUUGUCGGAUGCAGGUUAAGCUAAUGAGGAGAUGAAUUUAAUGGCGACGAGUACAGCAUUUUCUGCUGCCAGCGAUCCAAAAAUUGAAGCUUCAUUGGACCAGGAAAAGCCUCCACCAGCCUGAUCAGAGAGAAGCCUGAAGGCUAUGAAAGGGACCUAUUGCUGAAGGCAUACAAGUGCUGCAGCUGCACUCUCCAUGUCAAUUGGAGUAACACCAAACUUGGAUCUCAGGAACUCUGUAAGCUGCAUGAUCCACAAAUGUGUUGGCACUGCACCAAACUUGUAGUGUUAAUGCACUGUGGUAGCUUCAUGCCCUGAUAUUGUUCAUCAUGUCAAUUUUGGAACACAAUUAUUGCCGAGAAAUAUUGCAACUAUGAAGAACUAGUAUUUUGUGUUAUCAGCUGAAAUGAAAAGUCAGCACUCGUGAAUCUAGCAUAUGAACAUGGAUGCAUCAGCUCUAAUUUCUUGGAGAGUUCAUAGUAAUGCUUGUCAACAGAAACCCAGAAAGCAUGCUGUCUAGUUUCUGGAACUCCAUUGACUGGAAAUGUCUCUUCUGGCUGGUACCAGACACUGUUCAAGGGUGGUGUUGAGUGGUGAAGUGAUGGAAAGCAGAAACUACACACAGAAGCUGGUCUUAGGAAGUGAGAGAUAUGGGUCCUGUAGGAGGAGAAAGAAGAACUCAGACAAGCCAAAGCAUCCUCAAAGAGGCCCUGGUGUGGCUCAAUUAGAGAAGAUCAUAUUACAGAAUCAAAUGAUAGCAACCUGCCUCUCUCAAUUUGACUGUGAUCUCCACAAGCAUAUUGCUAGAGUACAGAUGCGAUAUGCAUCAUCUCCCUCUUCAACUACUACUGCCUCAUCAUCAUCAUCAUCAUCAUCACUGUUUGAGCUUCACCAGAGUAUCAUGAUAGAGGCUUUGGAGACACAGCAGAAAUGGACAUCAAACAAAGUGCAUUCAGUUCUGGUGCCACAGCAAGAUGCAAUUGGUGUUCCUCUUCUCAUCAAGCAGUGCAACCUACUGCAGCACUGCCUCCCUUAGAACAAAGCAUGCAGAAGAUGAACAGACUUCACGAGGACCAGGCCUUGCAAGAACUCGACUUGGAGCUUAGAUUGUGACUGUGAGAGGUUCUGGGUGGUUCGGUGUUUGAAUAAAUUGUUUCUCUCAGGAAAAAAGAUUGGAAUAGGAUGUUUCAUACAUGUCAAAGAUACAAAUGGUUGAUUGUAACCUGCAGAAACUGCAUCUUGAGUUGAACCAUUGUGAAAUAUAAGCAGUUAAAGACCGCACA